AAUAGCAUUACUAGCUUAAUGUGCGGUUUCUUGUCUCUAAUAUUGUCGAGUUAUGAAAAGAGCGAGAUUUUACAUUUCCACUAUUAGCCACCAUAAAAACAGCCCCAUCUGUUAGCAUAUUUGGGAAUACAAUUACGAAAGUUAACGGAUAGAUCUAAAAUUCUGAUGUUAGAUAUUUUCUGAAACCAAUCAUACUAUUGCUUUGACAGAUAUACCAACCACUUUACUUUAAAUGUGUUAUUAUUAACCAAAUACAAACCAUAUAAAAGAAGAUAAUAAAAUAAAAAUGGAUGGUAUCAUACAGAAACAUAAUUUUAUGAAAGUAAAAGAUUCAGACAUCGCCGAUGAGUUUAAUGAAACAUUACAGGAAUGGGUUGAUGAACAUGAAAACAAACUCAACACUAAAAUGGUACUUGAUUCCCUCAAAAUCGUGCAAAACCAAGUUUGUCAGGAUAGCUUUAGUCACGAAGAUUCGCCACCAGGGCAAAUGGCUACAUACGCUUUUGAACACGUCAUCUCUGCAAUUGGCGUAUUGGUGGACAACGAUAAAGCUAAAUACAUCAGUUUUUAUGAAGCUCUAUAUAACUUUUUCAUCAAACUUCUGUCGUGUGGCCCAGGUUCUAUACAUAUUAAAUUCAUCGGAGAAAUUAUUGAGGCUUUUCAAUUUCAAGACUAUGUUAAGAGUCUCCCUGCUGACAAAAUAAAACCUAUUAUAAGUGGUUUGAAACGUAAAUAUUCCACAGAGGACGGCACAGAAGACUAUCACGAUAGAGUAGACGGGAUGAUACGUCAGAUUAUAGACUAUUUAUUCAGUGAGGAACAGUUCAAAAAGUAUGAAACAGAAUUUGUGGAGUUAUAUGAAUAUUUUAAAGAAAAUACAGACAAUAAAGACCCUCAGAUGAAAUCAGUUUUGAGUGAAAAAGCUGAUAGUAUUGAAUAUGAAUUAGGUGGAAAUAUAUACAAGGCCUUGAACAAUCCAGAUGCCAUUAAUAAACAGUGGGACAAGCUGUUAAAAAUUGCCCUAGAGACAAAUUUCCCAAAAGAUGACGAAGAUUUGGAAAGAGUUACCAAGCCACUGUCUAGUAUUGUGGAUGCUUUAAAGGAAAAUGGUGUAACUGAAAUAACGUGUGGAAAGAUUAUGAAUUUUCUGAUUGAACUGUUUAAAAAAAAAGAAGCUGAAAAGAUUCAUCAGAUAGUUGACGAUAUUGGUUAUUUCUUUUAUCAUUUAGAUGAAGAUAAGCACCCCAUAAAGAAAAAUGAAAAACUCUUUACUCUGGUGGCUAACAAGUUGAUUGAAUUAUUAAAAGUCACUAAAAGCCAAGCUUAUUUAGAAGUGAAACUAGUAGAUGCUAUAAUAUCUGAAGUUUUAAUCAAAUCUAUGGGAAGCUCAAAAGAACAUGUUGCUAUAGCUAUAGAAAUAAUGUCUAUGUUGCUGAAAUACCCAAUAGAACAGUGUAUAAAUGCAGCUUUAGAAUUUAUUAGAGAAAAGGAAAAGAUACUAAAAUGGAAGGAACAUUUACCGAUGGCCCAAGCUAUCUUUAAAACUAUCAGUUUAGUCAACAUACCAGAUGAUGAUAGUGAAGUUGUCAGCCAGUAUGUGUCUUUUAUGGAAUAUUUUCUAGCCCAGCUAAAGAAAUCUAAAGUUCUAGCUGACUUAAAUGAUGCUCUGAUUAAUUUUGCCAUGGGUGUUCUGGUACAAAGAAAUGAAAAGCUGUUCGAACUGGGCAGUGAAGCUUCAAGCUGGGGAACUUUUGAUGUGAAGAAAAACAAGAGUUUACUAUUCGAGGUAUUACAGAAUCUUGCAAAAUUAUUUCAAGAUGAAGAGUUCCCAUGGAACACCAAUUAUAGUGACCAAGUAGCAAAUAAUUUUGUUUCAAGUUGUAUGACCGCCCUUGAGAAGAAUGGUAAAACUUUAACCAGCAAUGAACGUGGUAUUUUAAUAGAGCUAGUAUUAAGUAUAAUUGAUAAAGAUUUUAUAGAUGAAGAUACGGGAGAAGUUGGCUCUGUCUACUUUUGCACUUUCUGUAGUGUAUAUCAGAUAAUUGAAUUGCUUGAUGCGGGUAAAGAAAUAGAUCGGGUGGAACCUUUUAUCCCCCAUCUAUUUAAUCUAUUAGAUCAUGAUAAUGAGGAUGUUGUUACUACUGCUUCUAACUGUAUCCGUAUUAUCACCUCCAAGUCCGCCAAAGUACUUGCUCCAGUAUUAGAUAAACUAAUACUCCUACUCUUGAAAGCUGAAAGUUUCGAUUUAAUGUCUGCCGUUAAUGAUAUUUAUGAAUAUAACCAAGAACCAGUGAAGAAACGUUUCCAGGAUCUGUUUAAAUUAAGUGUUUCUGGUGACGAAUCUGUUACUAGUAUAUUUUAUAUGUUUCUAUCUAAAGUCGCCAAAAAUCAACCAGAGUUGUUCACCGAUAGUAAUAUAAAAACAUUAAUACAGUACAGUUCGGAGAAGAGUCCCAAUGAAGCAUGUAUAGUAUCUACUCUAGACGAAAUUGCCAAACGCCUCCCCGAAAAAUUAGUAAAGUAUACAGACGCUAUUAUUAAAUUAGAUGGGGUUGUCCAGUAUAGUACAUAUUAUGUAUAUAAUAUAUUAAAGUGGAUUGCAAUUAAAAAUGAGAAAAAUGCAGAGCUAAUUAUGAAACACCUUGCUAAAAGACUAGAAGGACCCGAGGACGCAUUGGUUACCUAUGCCGCUCUUGAUGCGGUGAAACAUAUAGGCGGUAAACAUAAAGCUAUCGUAGAGAAAUAUCGUGGUACUAUAGAACGUCUGAAGGCGAGCUCGGUGAAUCAAACAACGAAAGACCUAUGUACAGGUGUUAUUGACAUGUUAGAAGGUAGAAGUUUGGAGGUUUUAGCCGACGAUAUUGGGCAAACACAAGGCGAUGUAAUCAAUCUCGAUGGUAGAGUAACAACUAAUGAGAAUGAUAUCAACUUUGUAAAGGAAGAUGUCGGCAGAAAUAAAGAGGAUAUAAAGAACGUUAAGAUAAGAGUUAAUGAGCAAGGCCAACAAAUAGAUGAAAUGGGCAGAGUUGUUGAUCAAACUGUUAUUAAAGUAGAAGAAAUAGAUAGUAAGACCUUAAGUCAUGCUCCAUACUGGUCAAGAGAUGUUUCUAAACUGCUAAAUCCAAAAACAGAACAUGACUGGAGACUUCUAUCAAGUCGCCUGGGUUAUAGUAAUGAUGAUAUUAGAUCCUGGUCACAACAAUCUGAUCCAUGCAUGGCUAUGUUAAAUGAAUGGUAUGCUACACGUAAAACAAGUGAAGCUAACUAUGGUGUACUCAAUAUAUUACAAGAAAUGGACAGAAUGGAUGCCGCCGUUAUUGUAGAAAAUGCCAUGAAAGCUGCAGAGCAAGUUGUGGAAGAUGAGGACUUCGACUAUCCAACACCACCUCCCAUUUUCCUUAGUUACCAAUGGGGUCAUCAGGAAGAGGUUAAAUUAUUAAGGAAGCAUUUAGAAAUGGCUGGUUAUGAUUGUUGGAUGGAUAUAGGACAGAUGGGUGGAGGUGAUAAGUUGUUUGAAAAGAUAGAUCGAGGUAUCAGAGCAGCCAAAAUCAUCAUCAGCUGUACCACUGACAAAUACGCUAAAUCUCCAAACUGUAACAGAGAGGUGAAUUUAGCAGUAAAUUUAAAGAAACCUAUUAUACCACUAUUACUGGAACAGUGUCCCUGGCCUCCAAUGGGUUCUAUGGGGCCAUUAUUUAGCGAAUAUCUGUACAUUCAGUUUUUCCAGUCCGGACCCACCGAACACACCGCGGACGAUCGUUAUUGGCCUGUGCCAAAAUUUCAGGAAUUAUUGAUGCAACUUAGUAUGAAUGGAAUAGUGCCUGACGAAAAUAAGGUCAAUAAAAUGUAUAAAAACUGGUGGAUGCCGUUGGUAGAAGAAAUUAAAAUAGAUAAAAAGAAGACGGCAAACGGUGGUCAAAAGACAGCGAAUUCCUCUAAUGAAAAUAAACAGGAUGGGAAGUCCCCCGAUGUUUUUAUUUCUUACCAGUGGGGAAAACAGAAGAAUAUUAUGUUACUGUAUAAAAGACUAACAGAAUUAGGUUAUGACUGCUGGAUGGACAUACAUCAGAUGGGUGGUGGUGACUCGCUUUAUGAUAAAAUAGAUCGUGGAGUCCGGGGGUGCAAAGUAGUCCUGUCUUGUUUGACAGAAAAGUACACCCUAUCGGCCAAUUGUCGAAGAGAAGUUAGUUUAGCAGACGCCUUAAAACGACCAAUCAUUCCCCUUCUUUUGGAAAGUAUUCCUUGGCCACCAAAGGGGCCAAUGAGUAUGGCUUUUACAGAACUGCUUUACAUCGAUUUUCAUUCGGAUCCAAAAGUUCAGGAGCAAUGGUCUGGGCCUAAAUUUGCCGAAAUGAGAGCUAAAAUUCGCGAAAUUCUUCCAGGCGAGGAUGAACAUAAUUUUAAUCAAGAUAAUCCCGAGCACUCUAAAUCAAAAGCACAAGUUAAUCAAAAUAAGGGAAGUUUUGUUAAAUCAUCGAAACCUGGAACCAAAAGCAGAGAUGCUAAACCAGCUAUUAAAUCUCAGGAAGAACACGCAAAAGCUGCUGAAAAUAGCCAACAACUGACACCGUCACUAACUAAUGAAUCAAAACCAAAGACAUCCGAGACGAAAUCGCUAGAUAAGUCAAACCCACCUUCUCCGAAACAGUCAAUGAGUCCUGCUCCUGCGAAAUCAAAAUCUUGCCAGAUCCUCUAGUAUAAAUAUAACGCAAUUUUAUGAUUAGUACAAUGUCCAUGAAACGUUAUCAGUACACAUAUCUUUGGAGACCCUUUGUUGACAAGAUAUACCAGUUCACACUGAUCCGCAGUGAAUAUUUGCUUGGCCGCGACAAUCACUGAUAAGGAUGACAUUGAUGCGGCUUAAUGAGCUAGAAAUAAUAACUUUUUUCCUGCGACAAAUUAAAUUCUAAAACAUUUUUUGUAUAUAUUGGAAAAAUAAAUAAAGGCGUUUGACGUA